AUGUGGAUUCUACCCCUGCUGGGCUACGCCGGCGCGAUCCUCGGCUUCUGCUUCCUGACGCUGUCCAUCGCGUCCGGGCUUUACUACCUUUCGGAGCUUGUGGAGGAGCAUACCGUCUUGGCAAAGCGGCUGCUGACGCGCCUGAUUCAAAUCAUCAUCGGCGUGCAGGUGGUGCUGUGGCUAAUUGACGGCUUCCCCUUCUGGGCGACCGUUUUGGGCAUUGUGUCGCAUGUCGUCUACCUGGGCAACAUGAGGAGGUUUCCUUACGUGCAGCUCACUGACCCGCUGUUUCUGCUGUCUUGUGUGUUGGUGUUGCUCGAUCAUUAUGUGUGGUUCCGACACUUCGCCGACAGCCAAGCGCGUGCUUACAACCGAACCUCGUACUAUGAGCAGGUGGACGUCCCAACCUUUACCAUGAUUGCGUCAUACUUUGGCUUGUGUGUCUGGCUGGUGCCGUUCGCGCUGUUUGUGAGCUUGUCUGCGGGCGACAAUGUGCUGCCUACAAUGGGCACGGAGCCUGUUCGAGGCAUGGAGGGCAAGAGUAAGCCCCAGGGCAUGGUCAAGGCCGUUGUCGACUGGGUUCGCGGCUUGAUCGGGGGCAUGGCUGGGCCGGCUGGCCGGCUUCGAUCGAGUUUCUGGAAUGAACACCGCGCGCUGAGCAUCUGGGACGUCUAUUCCUUUGCGAGAGACCGACUCGGCAGAGAUAAAGUCUCCCUCUCUUACUUCCUCAAUGUCUCAUGCCCUAUCAUGAAGAUUAUCGAGCCUUCUAUUUACCUCUCUGCUUUCGGCUGGUUGGUGGAAGACGAGGCUGGAACCCCGAAGCUCUUACAACUUGAUGGCACGCGCGCUAUCACAAUAAUGAAAACGAACUUGUUUCGAUAA